AUGGCAUUUUGGCACGACUGGUCUGAUGAGAAGAUGGAAGGCAGCAUGAGCGUCGACCGACUGUUCAUAGUAAGCCGUUCUCUGACGGCUUUCUGUGUUGAAAUUGAGGGCAAAGUCGACCCUGGAUUUGAAAUCGGUUGGGUUACUGCUGUCAAGGUUUGCCUCAAGUAUGGCCAUACCUUGAUCGGCAAAAUUGUGGUACCAGACAUGCCAAUGAUGUUGGAUGACGAACGCAAUAUGAAAAUCAACUGGGGUGAAGGCUCGGAGCCUGAAAUGGAAAUUAAAAGCACGCGAGCAUUCAAAGCUUUUCUCCAGGACGUUAUGCCAAAGAAGGAUGUCGAUACCCAGAUGGACAGCCAAUAUACUGCCUCCGCUGAUCUGAGCGUCUCCCGAAAUGGUCAUACCCUUACCAUAUCCAUGGACCCCAGCUACAUGAUGAGAAUGAGAGCGGCUGUCACAAAUCUCAGAAUCCAUGGCCAAGAAAUCAGCAUCACAAUGAAAAUCACGAAUUUGAGCUCCCUUGAGCUCCAAUUUGAAUACGGUACCUUCAUACUCAAGAAAGGUCAGCAAACAGUUGGAGAGGUGGCCGGAGGUCUCGAUCUUGUUCCCGGUGAAUUCGAAGUCAACUUAGGCGGACAAAUUCAAAGUGGAAUUUCUGGGGUGGUGACUCUUAAAGGAGAACAUUUCGAGGACUGCGAAGAGUCUUGGCAGCAAUAUGCUAUUAAGCUAUUUGAGGUUGAAGUCAACCUGGAUGAGCUAGAUCUUGAUGCCAAUCACGGCGCUACUGUUGAUGACGACAUUGGUGAUAUUGCUGACCAUGGCGAACAUUUGCUCUCUAUUCGGUCAAAAUGA